AGUGUCUGUCUCUUUGAUUGGAUUAAAUUGUUAACUGUUUGCCGUUAAUUGUUACUUAAUUUAUAUCAUAUUCUUGUUUCCCCUUAAUUGUUCAACUAUUCACAGUGAUUAAGGUUGAUUGAUUAUUAGUUUUUCCAUUUCUAUGUGAACAUCUUUGUAGUUUAUUGUGACAAACUCAUAAUCAAGAUCAUCUUCUUAACCUAAUCUGAUAUUCACAAUUAUUAUCAUGGAUUCUGUUUUUGGUUUUGUCCGUUAUGUUUUGGACUCAAUUUCCACUGGUGUUACUAAAUUGGUUCCGUCGAAAUGUGGCCUGAUCCAUCUUCCACCCAUCACCAGUCCGAUUGUCAUAUUUUCGGCAACCCAAUUGGCGGAGAAAAUUAAAUCUGGAGAGCUCAAAUGUGUCGAUGCUGUGAAAGCUUUUAAACAACGAAUUGAAGAAUGUGAACCAUUCAUUAAUUCUGUAGUGGAAGAUAGAUUCAAAGAAGCGAUAGAAGAGGCUGAAAUUCUCGAUGAGAAGAUCAUGCAAGAAUUAGCCUCCGGCGAGAAGAAUUUGACCAAUUUACCAUUACUUGGUGUUCCUUUUGCUGCCAAAGAUUGUCUCCAAGUUAAAGGUAUGCAGUUGACCGCUGGUUUUGUCCCUCGAAAGGGUUGUGUCCAAGAAGAAGAUGCAGCUCUCAUAGCUAAUUUAAGAAAAUUGGGCUCGAUUCCAAUUGUGAUGACCAAUGUUCCCGAAUUGGCUGUUUGGUUUGAUUCGGCUAAUAUGCUCUAUGGACGAACCAAUAACCCUUAUGAUUUCACUCGUAUUCCUGGCGGUAGUUCGGGUGGAGUUGCUGCUUGUGUCUCUUACGGUGGUUCACCUUUCGGAACUGGUUCAGAUAUUGCUGGUUCCAUACGUUUCCCUUCACACUUUUGUGGUCUCUUUGGUCAUCUUAUCACCCAGAAAGCUGUUAACCUUGACGGACACUGGCCACCCUUUUCCUCUGAACAAUCUGAAUGCCUCUCGAUUGGACCCAUUUCCCGAUAUGCAAGUGACCUGAAUAUUCUGGUAAAAGCUUUUCUUGGUGAUCAAGUCUCGAAACUUCCUAAAUUAGAUGAACCAGUUGAUCUGCAAAAACUUAAAAUCUAUUACAUGGAGGAUAAUGGCGGUAAAAAUAGUACACCAGUUCACCCUGAGAUUAAGGAAGGAAUGAAAAAGUUGAUCAACUGUUUAUCUCAAGAUUAUCAGAUAAACGUUACGGAGAUUAAACUUCCCCACAUGGAUCAGGCCUUUGACAUUUUCUUAAACACCAUGAAAAGUAAACCUCAUAUCCUGCAUUCUCAGAAAAUCGCCAAUUUCAAUGGACAUAAAAAUCCUUGGCUCGAAUUGGCUAAGAAACUUGUUGGAGCUUCUGAUCACACUUUACCUGUAAUAAUCGUCUCCAUAUUGGAAACAUGUCUCGGUGAUCCAAGUUCAGCUGAAGGUCGUGAACUAAUUCACAAGGGUGAAAUUAUUCAGGAGAAACUGUUUUCCAUGCUUGCUGAUGAUGGAAUCUUCAUUUACCCUGCAUUCCCUGAACCAGCAAUCAACCAUUAUACAUCAGUAUUAAAGUUUAAAAAUAUCGCUUAUUCAUCUUUAUUCAGUCUUAUGGGUAAUCCAAUUACUACCUGUCCAAUUGGAUUAACUAAAGAUGAACAUUUACCUUUUGGAGUACAAGUAAUGGCCUCACCUUUUAACGAUCACUUAACAAUUGCCGUUGCUCAAGCAAUUGAACAAAAAUUGGGAGGUUGGAAGUCACCUAGUCGAGUGGAAUUGAAAUCAAACUAAUCAAACAGUUUUACGAUCAAAAAAUUUAAUCAAAUUAUAUCUUCCAAUUAUCUUUGAUUCAUUAUUAUUAUGAUUAUCUUUCAUUUAAUUUUACUCUCAUUGUUGUUGUUGUAUUUUUUUUCUCUCUCGUUGACCUGGUCAUCGUUUUCACAAAAAGUUCCUCUUCUGAAUUUAUUGAUUGUUAUUCCUUGCCAAUUAAUUGAUUCUGAAACAAUUUAAUCCAGUUUUAAAUUGAAUAUGCAAAAAAAUAUAUAUACAAACAAGUACCAAUCGUUAUAAUAUGAAAAUUGUUUUUCUUUUCUAAAAAAAAACGUUAAUAUUGAUUAUCAGAUUAUAAUAUCCAUCAAUCUAUUUUAAUUGAUUGACUUAUUUAAUAAAAAAGCAAAGUUAUUUCCCCAA